UAUGAGUUAGUAUGUAAUCCAGUGUUCUUCCUCUUCCUCCAGAUCAAAGAAGGCAAGCGUCUGAAAGAGUUCCUGGAAGAUUAUGACGAUGACAGAGAUGAGUCCAAAUACUACAGGGGUAGUGCAUUACAGAAACGACUGAGAGACCGUGAGAAGGAGACGGAGCUGGAUGAUAGAGACCGGAAGAGGGAGAAGGAAGAGCAUGAUCAGAUCAGACAGAGAUUGUUAGCUGAGGGACACCCAGACCCUGAGGCCGAGCUGCAGAGGAUGGAGGAGGAGGCAGAGCGGAGGCGGCAGCCCCCAGUGAAGCCGGAGGAGGAGGUGCAGCAGGAGAAACCACACAGGGAGAGGGAGCACAGGGAGCACCGAGAGAGGGAGCACCGAGAGAAGGAGCACCGAGAGAGGGAGCACCGAGAGAGGGAGCACCGAGAGAGGGAGAACCACAGGGACAGGAGAGGAGGAGGAGGGGCAGACAGGCCUCCUCCCGAACACCCUCAGUCCCAAUCAGACGACGACGUGGAGGAUGGAGAGGAGCUUGACGAUCGUGACGGAGACGACUCGUCAGACGCCAGGACACACCCACACCUCAAGCCCACACUGCGGCCAAUCACGUCGGCGCCCUCUGUGUCGUCGGGCAGCGGCGGCGCCACGCCCAACUCCCCUGGCAACGAGUCUCCAUGUGGCAUCAUCAUCCCUCAUGAGAACUCUCCAGACGCCCAGCCCACAGAUGAACACCGGCCCAGGAUUGGGCUCAGCCUCAAACUGGGAGCCGGCGCCAGCCCCAGCCAUCAGAUCCACACGGGGAGUAAACGUAAGAAGCUGGCCAACGUCGACAGCGUCUUCAACAAGUUCGGAGAGGAGGAGGCCGACGAGGCGCCUCGUAAACGUAAGCUGGUUCCGCUGGACUACGGUGAGGAUGAUAAGAGCUUGGGUCUGGACGGGGCCGAGGUACCUGGAGGGAAGGGAGGACAAAACACCGAGGAGAAGCGGAAACACAUCAGGAGUCUCAUUGAGAAGAUCCCGACGGCCAGACCGGAUCUGUUCAACUACCCUCUGGACUGGACUGCUGUGGACUCGACUCUGAUGGACCGUCGCAUCAGACCGUGGAUCAACAAGAAGAUUAUAGAGUACAUCGGAGAGGAGGAAGCUACGCUAGUCGACUUUGUCUGUUCGAAGGUCAUGUCUCACGGCACACCGCAGGGGAUCUUGGAUGAUGUUGCCAUGGUUCUGGACGAAGAGGCCGAGGUGUUCAUAGUUAAAAUGUGGAGGCUGUUGAUCUACGAAACGGAGGCCAAGAAGAUUGGUCUGGGGAAAUGAAGACUAGUACCACUACAGUACUACUAUCUAGUACUACUACAGUACUACUAUCUAGUACUACUACAGUACUACUAUCUAGUACUACUACAGUACUACUAUCUAGUACUACUACAGUACUACUAUCUAGUACUACUACAGUAC